AUGGGGAUUCGACCCUGUGGGUUGCAUGCUUUGUGCAUGUGGAGUGGAGGCGGGUGGCAACAAAAAGUGGCGAAAGGCGGUGAGAAUUUGGAAGUGGAGACGAGGGGGGAAGAGGCGGAAGGGGGGGACCGGCAGGGAGGCAGUGUAUCUACUUCGGGAUCCGUGUGUGCGAUCGGUGGGUGCCUCAAGGAUCGUCUGUGCGCUGGUCGCAUCGAUCGUCAGCGUCGCAUCAUCAGCGCUCCUCGUUCCCCAGUCGCAGCAGGCAGAGGAGCACACCCGGGGCAGAGGAGCACACCUGGGGCAGAGGAGCACACCCGGGGCAGAGGAGCACACCCGGGGCAGAGGAACCACAUGUAG